AUCUCCAGGUGCUUACAAUUAAUUAGAAUGCGCAUGCGCCUCAGAGUGGAGCUACUUGACAGAUCAUCUCCAGAUGGUUACAAUUAAUUAGAAUGCGCAUGCGCCUCAAAGUGCAUAAAUUCGCAGACGUGACGUCAUAUACAGUUACUUUACAUUAGCAGAUCGAGCAGAAUAGCACGCAGCUAGACAAGCUUUCAGAAACAUGUCGAGCAGUUUUAAAAUAGCCCUCGGUACCAGAAUUGAAAGUUUAACCAACACGUAUAUAGUUAAGUUACUCCCACCUGUGGAAAUAAAUGGUGAAGUUUUGACCAUUUGCCAAGAUCAAAAUGAGGAAAUGUAUUAUGUGAAAUGUAUUCACAAGAGAGUUUUACAUCGGUAUAAACAAGAAGCGAACCUGCUUUUGUAUCUCAAUGACCUAUUUCCUAAUGAAAAGAAGUUUGUGAAAAUCAUCGAAACAUUUGAUUACGGCGACUGGUUUUGCUUUGCUCUUGAAAAACUUAACACAACAUUGCUAAACUUUGUUGAGAAUCAAGAAAACAAGCGUCUGAACAUUAAGGACAUUAGAACGAUCGCUCAACAAAUUAUCUCAGCAUUAAAUACGCUGAAAAAAGCAGGCAUCACUCAUAACAACAUAACAGCAAAAACUAUUGAGCUGCUGGAAGACGGUUUACACAUAAAGUUGAACGGAUUCAGUUAUGCUGGAAGAACGUCAGAACUUUCAAAGAUGGAGGUCCCGAUUAAUUGUGGAUUUAGUGCCCCAGAGAUUCUCAUUAACAGUCCCCUGGAUGAACGCGCUGAUGUGUGGAGUGUAGGAUGUCUAUUAGCACAGCUCUGUUUUGGGGCCUCGCUGUUUCCAACUUUCUGUGAGUAUGAAUAUUUGAAGAUGAUAGUAAAGGUUCUUGGUCCGCCUAAAAAAGCUGUCCUGGAUCAAGGGCUAUGUACCCAGCAGUUUUUUAAACAAGGCCCUGUCUGGAGUUUAAAAGCCCCAGAACAAAAUACAAAGAACAAAACAAGAAGAUUUGAUAAAAGCAACCCAUCUUUUGAUAAUCUUGAUUCUCUCGACCAAUUAUUGGAAAAGCUGCCUGAAAAUGCUGAGUCCACUGACAAUGAAGACAUGAAAUCCUUUGUAGAUUUGCUUCAAAAAAUGCUUCGGUUCGAUCCAAAGGAGAGGAUCUCCGCAAUCGACGCUCUCAUGCACGAAUUCUUUCCUCGAAUGCAAGAUGACUCGAGCGAAGCGGAAGGGUUCACCCUAGAUGUCGACGCUGUUAUUAAACACAAAUCAGAUGUUUACCGAUGUGAUAACGUGCUUUCGUGUGGAUCAUUUGGAAAAGUUGGAAAAUUCAUACAACUGGCAACAAAACAGGUCUUUGCAAUAAAAGUGUUCACAGAAGAAAAUCAUUUUGAACAAGAAGUGGAAACAUUGCGUUUUCUCAGCGAAACUGGCCUCCUAAAACUCAACAUAGUCACGUAUAAAGAUAGUUUUCCCUACAAGGAUUGCUAUUUCAUCCGUUUAGAGCUGUUGGAUUUAAAUUUGAAUGAGUUUAUGAAAAGACGAAACUAUAAACCUCUCAGGGUGUCCGAAAUCAGACCAUUCGCUGAACAGUUAUUUGGUGCCCUCAAAGCUUUGAGAUUCCAUGACAUCACUCAUUUGCAUAUAAAACCAGGUCAUAUCAUGCUGGUAAAUCAUGAUUUUCAGCCCUUUCAACUGAAACUGAUUGAUUUUAGAGAAGCUCAAUCUAGAGAACAAUUAUCAAAGUUUGUUGUUGCUCAAAAUGGACAGUACAGCGCACCAGAAAUGUUUCUGGGUGUCCCAUUGGACAAAAGCGUAGAUAUGUGGGGUGUAGCCUGUGUAUUAGCCUUGUUAAGUUUAGGUCGGGACCUCUUUCCUCAUGGAUCUGAAUAUGAAGUUUUAAGAGACAUGAUUAAGCUCCUCGGUAUGCCAGAUGAAAGUUCACUGACUACGGGUGAGCGAGUCAAAAACUUCUUUAAAUGGAGCAUGAAAACAUCGGGGAUCUUCUGGAUUUUAAAAACACCAGCUGAAUUCAUACUGGACGGAGGAGAGACAGAUGAGAAUAGCUUGCCUCAUUUUGAUGAUUUCACAUCUCUACAAAUCGUUUUGACAGUUGGAUCAGUAAAAAGAAAACAGUCUGAACUUGAAGUCUUCGCAUCAUUUGUAGACCUCCUUAAGAAGAUUCUGGUGAUGAAUAAAGUUGACAGAAUCCUCCCAGCGGACGCUCUAUGCCACCCGUUCAUCACUAAAAAGAGGCUUCCUGUUUGCAGUUCAAGUCAUGUUAAUGAAAAAGAAUUGGAUGACACAACAAACAAAGCCGUGGAAGAGUUUUUCCUAGAUAGAGGCGCUGUUAUUAAAUACGGAUCAGAUGUUUACCAAUGUGAUAAAAUACUUGAAUGUAGAUCGUUUGGAGUUGUUUCAAAGUUUAAAAAACUGGGAACAAAAUUGAAAGUCGCAGUAAAAAUUAUCACAGAAGAAAGUUAUUUUGAAAAGGAAUUGGAAGCUUUACAACUUCUCAGAGAUCUUGACCAAAAAGUCCCCAACAUAAUCAAGUAUAUUGUUGGUUUCCCCUACAAUGGCAGCUUUUUUGUUAUUUCAGAGCUGUUGGAUUUAAAUUUGCUUAAUUUUAUGAAGAGACGAGAUUAUAGUCCUCUGAGAGUGUCUGAAAUCAGACCAAUCGCCCAUCAGCUAUUUGCCGCCCUCAGAGCUCUCAAAAGCUUCGGCGUCACUCAUUUAGAUAUAAAACCGAGUAAUAUCAUGCUGGUAAAUCACAAUUCCCAGCCCUAUGGUGUAAAAUUGAUUGAUUUUGCGACGGCUUGUAGAACAGAAGCAUUAUCAACCUUUGAUAUUGUGCAAAGCAAACAGUACAGGGCACCAGAAGUGUUUCUCGGUCUUCCAUACGACGAAGGCUUAGAUAUGUGGGGUGUGGGCUGUGUAUUAGCCUUUUUAAGUUUAGGUCGGGACCUGUUUCCACCUGAUUCUCAAUAUGAAGUUGUCAGAGUCAUGAUAAAGCUCUUUGGUCUGCCAGAUGAAACAUUGCUGGCUGUGAGUUGGCGAGUCUAUACUUUCUUUAACAAGAGGCCCAAUAGAUUACUUGACUCGUGGAAGUUAAAAACACCAGCUGAAUACGAACUGCAUUCAGAAGAGACAGUUAAGGAGUGUUGGCCCCAUUUUGAUGCCUCAACAUCUCUGAAAUAUUUAAUUACAAGAGCAUCAAAUCAAAGUCACACGCCUGAAAUGGAAGACCUCACAUCAUUUAUAGACCUCCUUGAACGGGUUUUAGCUAUUAAUUCAAAAGACAGAAUCCUCCCUGAGGACGCUCUACACCACCCGUUCAUCACUAAAGAGAGGCUUCCUGUUUGUAGUUCAAGUCAUGUUACUGAAAAAGAAUUGGAUGACACAAAAAACAAAGCCGUGGCAGAGUUUGUCGUAGAUGGAGGCGCCGUUAUUAAAUACGGAUCAGAUGUUUACCAAUGUGAUGAAAUAAUUGAAAGUAGAUCGUUUGGAGAUGUUUCAAAGUUUAAAAAACUGGGAACAAAAUUGAAAGUCGCAGUAAAAAGGAUCACAGAAGAAAGUUAUUUUGAAAAGGAAUUGAAAGCUUUACAACUUCUCAGAGAUCUUGACCAAAAUGUCCCCAACAUAAUCAAGUAUAUUGCUGGUUUCCCCUACGAUGGCAGCUUUUUUGUUAUUUCAGAGCUGUUGGAUUUAAAUUUGCUUAAUUUUAUGAAGAGACGAGAUUAUGGUCCUCUGAGAGUGUCUGAAAUCAGACCAAUCGCCCAACAGCUAUUUGCCGCCCUCGGAGCUCUCAAAAGCUUCGGCGUCACUCAUUUAGAUAUAAAACCGAGUAAUAUCAUGCUGGUAAAUCACGAUUCCCAGCCCUAUUGUGUAAAAUUGAUUGAUUUUGCGACGGCUUGUAGAACAGAAGCAUUAUCAACCUUUGAUAUUGUGCAAAGCAAACAGUACAGGGCACCAGAAGUGUUUAUCGGUGCUCCAUACAGCGAAGGCUUAGAUAUGUGGGGUGUGGGCUGUGUAUUAGCCUUUUUAAGUUUAGGUCGGGACCUGUUUCCACCUGAUUCUCAAUAUGAAGUUGUCAGAGUCAUGAUAAAGCUCUUUGGUCUGCCAGAUGAAACAUCGCUGGAUAAUGGUUGGCGAGCCCAUUGUUUCUUUACAUGUAGCUACACUGAAUCAGGUAACUCGUGGAGGUUCAAAACACCAGCUGAAUAUGAACAGGAUUCAGAAGAGACAGUUAAGAAGAGUUGGCCCCAUUUUAAUGCCUCAACAUCUCUGGAAAACUUAAUUACAAUAGAAUCAAAUGAAAGUCACACGCCUGAAAUGGAAGACCUCACAUUAUUUAUAGACCUCCUUAAGCGAGUUUUAGCUAUGAAUUCAAUAAGAAGAAUCUUCCCUGAGGACGCUCUAAAACACCCAUUCAUCAUGAUGGAGCGUCUUCCACGCGACAGCUCAAGUCAUUGUGUGACAGAAGCAUAUCAGAUAGCAGGAAGCCAAAACACAAAACCAGCUAGUUCAGAGGCAUCAAGCGAUGACUCAGAAUCAAGUGAGGAAAUGGAAACGUCAAUUUUAACAGUAGACAAAGGAGUUAAACUUAUUGACAAAUCAAUUGUUUAUGAAGUUGAAGAAAUCAUUGGAUCUGGAUCGAACAGACUUGUUGCCAAGUGUAGAAAAGUGGGAACAGAUAAGAUAGUAGUGAUAAAAGUAUUUCGAAAAAAAAAUCACUUGGCAGCUAUCAACGAGGUGUGUGACAUCAACCGUCUCAGUAUUCUUGGCGCCAACAAAAACAGCGUGCCCACAUUUAUUGACAAUUUCAUCUAUAAGGACUGCAUUUGCUUGGUUUUUGAGCUAUUACAUUUAAAUUUAUGUGACUUCUUACAAAGACAACGUUGGAAGCCUAUGAGUGUGGCUGAUAUCAAACUUAUAGCUCUACAGAUGUUAAUCUUCCUGCGUACUCUGAAAAGAAUCGGCCUCACUCAUGCAGACAUAAAACCAAGCAACAUCAUGCUGGUAAAUCAAGAAUCCCAGCCGUUUAAGGUGAAAUUGAUUGGUUUCGGGUUGGCUCUUGAGACAGCCACAUUAUCAGAGUUUGCAAAGGUGCAGGCUGUAGGAUACAGGGCACCAGAGGUUUAUAUGGGUCUGCCGUACAAUGAAAGUAUAGACAUGUGGAGUCUUGGCUGUACAUUAGUAUUUAUGUAUCUAGCCAAGCAUCUGUUUCCAGAAGAUGAAUACAACGUUAUGAGAUUGAUUGUAAAGUGCUGUGGUAUGCCUAAUGAAGAUGCACUUGAAAAGGGUGAGCGCAGCAGAGACUUUUUCAAACGAACUGAAUGUGGAAAUAAUUCUCAUUGGAUGUUAAAAACUGAAGAAGAAUACGAGGAAGACGAAGAAAUCACGAUCCCUACGUUACAUCCGUUUUAUGAACGUUUACAGUCUCUGGAUGACUUGGAGAUAAUGGCGCCAGAUACACGAACACUUAAUGAAAAAAAAGAGAUUAAGGCUUUUGUACAACUUGUAAAGAGGAUGCUAAAGCUUAAUCCAGCAGACAGGAUCCUCCCAGAUGAUGCUCUGAAACAUCCCUUCUUCUCCAUGGGGGCAUAUCCUCAAAGCUUUAAGUCCUGUGUGUCGGAGGCUCAUGAAAAACAACCAGCAGUCAACUUAACUAACCCAGGUAAGUUUAACAAAGUAAAAAAUACACGUGGUCACUCAGUCCUGACAGAUUCAAAAAAGGAAAUGAAAACAUCAACUUUAAAUUUAAAGAAAGGGGUUAAACUAAUUGAUGAAUCAAAUGUUUACAUAAUUGAGGAAGUAACUGGGUCUGAGUCAUUUGGAGAAGUUGUCAGAUGCAGACAAAUUGGAAAACCUCACAGAGUGGAGAUAAAAUUAUUUAGAAAAGAAAAUCAUUUGAAAGGUAUCAAAGGGAUGAAUGACUGUAAACUUAACCCCAGAAACAAAAACAGGAUCAAAUUUACUGACUGUUUUAUCUACAAAGACUUCUUUUGCCUUGUGUGUGAGCCUGAAACGUGAGUUUAGCACUAUAUAUACUAUAGUUAGUUAGUUAGUUAGUUAGUUAGUUAGUUAGACCAAACCCAGCAUAAAUAGAUAGAUCAUUAGAUGAUAGAUAGAUGAUAGAUGGAUCAUUAGAUGACAGAUAGAUAGAUAGAUAGAUCAUUAGAUGAUAGAUAGAUGAUAGACAGACCAUUAGAUGAUAGAUAGAUGAUAGAUCAUUAGAUGAUAGAUAGAUGAUAGACAGACCAUUA